AUGGCUGAUGAACUAGCACAUGAUUAUUCUGGAUAUUUCAAGGCGUCCAACUUGGAUCAAGAGCUAAAACCAAUAACGGUAGGCAUAGAUCGAAUGAUGCUUCGCUUGGAAGAGUUUGAAAAUUUGCUUGAAAUCGUGAAAGCUGAGUCUAGUGUCGCUUUACAACAAAAUAUUCCAAAAAUGUUAGCCCUAAAACCGGAACUCGACAAUCUAUGUGACCGUGUCGCUAAGCUCGAGCAAUUUGUAACGAUGGUGAGCAAAAACUUAGAUGCAGUGGAGAAGCAGGUGCAAAUUGCAGAAGAAGAACUAGACAUACCAGACAAAACGAUAAACGUACUACUAAAAUCGCUAAACAUUUUCGGUAAACCGAAACAAACCGAGAGACUGACUAACAGAAAUGCGAGCGGUGCCUAUGAGCCAGUGGCCGUAUUCAAAACGGAGCAAUAUUUUCGACCAAAUGGGCCGGAGCAAUCGAUAAAGCAAAUCAAACAAGAAGAGUCACCCACGGGAGACCACUGUGAUACUGGGACACCCGAAAAAUGAAUUGUUAAUUUAACGCAAGAUAGAUUGGAAUCGUAAUAAAUU